AUGUCGAGUCCUCAAAAACAAACAGAUGGACGUUCUGUGUAUACAUCAUCUGCUACAUCAAGAGUGAUCGACCAAUUACAAUCCAAGAUCGAUCAAUUGAGCGGGGAUUUGAAUGAGACAAAAGAAAGUUUACGUGAGUCUAAGCAGAAGAAUUCAAUUUUACGGAAGCGGAAUGAUGAUCUUGUGGAACAAUUAUCUAAUGCUAAACAUGAAAGCGAUAUGUCAGAAGCUCUAUUAAAACGAAAAGAAAGAAGAGUAGCCGAUCUUGAGGCACAGCUAACAGAAGCACUUUCCAAAGCUGAUAAUUUACAAUUUGAAUCUCAUGAUAUGAGGAAAAAGGUAAAAAUGCUUAUGGAAAAGGAAGAGAUGGCAGUUUCAGAAUGCGAGAGACUAAAAGUAUCAUAUGACGCAAUCGUUACGGCUCAAAAUGAAUACAAAAGAUUAAUGGGAAAGAGGGUCUCCGAUUUGGAACAAAAGCUUUAUUCUUUUGUUGACGACAGAAAGAAAACUUUGGAGAGUAACAUGGACCUUCUGAAAAGACAGGAACCUGAAAUCAUGGCUUCUUAUAAGGUGGUGGUGAAGAAUUCGGAGCGAUUGGAAGAAAUGUAUGCUCAGCGACAGCAAUCGGUUAGCCAAGCGUUAGUUGCUCUUGCUGGUGCCACAAAAACACAUGGUGAAAAAACAGGAAUAGUAAUGGCCGAAUGCGAGGAUGUACUAAAACAAAUGAAUCGAAACGAGGAGCUGAUGGCGCGUUUAAGAAAUUCAAAUGGCGACAGCGAUACAGAGGAGGAUAUAAGAAAAUUCAAUGACGAGCGGGCCACCCAUGAACUUUCAUCCGCACAUAAUGAGGAACACAGCAAAACAGAUAACGCCAAAAACCAUCUUACGAUGGCCGAAGAAAGGAGAAGGAGUGAUAGUAGUAUGAGGCACAAAAGAGGUAGCAUGACGACGGGUGCAGAAGCAGGAGAUAUCAGAGAGCAAGAUGAUGAAAAUAAAGAAAAUUUAAAAAGAAAAGUUUUUAGAGAUAUUUCAAUGGACGAAUUUGAAACUGGAAGAGGAAACGAAAAACGAAACAGCAGAAGAAGGGAAAGGUCAGGUAACUACGAGCAUCAACGUUUAAGUUCUACUAGCAGUUUCAGUAGCUAUAACUCUUUUGAAGACACGCAUGGCGACUCUAAACUUGUUUUGCCUAAGCAAAGAAAUGGUGGUGCUCGCAAAGGAAGCACCAGAAUUGGUCAUACAAGAAAUAAAAGUGUAAAUGUUAGUGGGAACUGGAAUAGAGGUGGUUAUGGAAACGGAAGCGCAAACGGAAAUGAAACUGGAAGCGGAUCCAGCAAUAGUAACAGAAAUAGCAGUAAAGGAGGAGGACACUCUAGACGUGGUUCAAGUCAAAGAAGAUCUGGAAGGGGAAGCAGAGGAGGACAUAAUAGAGGCAAUAGAAGAUCAUUUGUACAGCUGGUUUCUUCAAGAGAUUGA